AUGAGUUUUGAUCUUCCUUCAAGUCCUUUUUAUUUGCAUUCAAAUGAGAAUCCAUCUAUGAUUCUUAUUUCUUCAUUACUAAAUGGUCCAAAUUUCCAUUCUUGGUACAGAUCAAUGAGAAUGAGUUUAUUGAUUAAGAAUAAAUUGAAAUUUGUAGAUGGUAGUAUCCCUGUUCCAUCAAAGAAUGAUCAGAUAUACCCAGUUUGGGAGCGUUGUAAUACUAUGAUUUUAUCAUGGAUUAUACAUUCUUUAUCACCUUCAAUUGCUCAAAGCAUUUUUUGGAUUGAAAAUGCUUUAGAUGUCUGGACAGAUUUAGCAAACAGGUUUUCUCAAACUGAUACUCUAAGGAUGUCAGAUUUGCAAGAUGAAAUUUAUGGUUUUAAACAAAAUAAUAUGUCAGUGAAUAAUUAUUUUACUCAGUUAAAAAUCUUAUGGGAUGAAUAUCUCAAUUUGAGACCAAUUCCAGUUUGUUCUUGUAACCCUCAGUGUCAUUGUGAUGCAUUAAAGAAAGUAAAAGAUUUUCAAGAAAGAAAUUAUGCAAUGAGGUUUCUGAAAGGUCUUAAUGAAAAUUUUUCAGUUAUUAAAACUCAAGUAUUGAUGAUGGAUCCUUUACCUAAAAUUAAUAGAGUUUUUUCACUUGCUGCACAACAUGAAAGACAGAUUGCUUUUAAUGUUGGUUCUUUACAAAUUCUUGAACCUUCUGUGUUUACAGCACAAUCAAAUUCUUCUUUUCAAAGAAAUAAUUCACCUUAUAGACCACCUAAUUCAAACUUCAAUUUUUACAAACCACCUGUCACAAAUCUUAAUACUGGAUCCAAUUUUCGUCCUCAGGGGGGACAAAAGAGGUUUUAUUCCUUGCCUAAUAAUGGAAAGCCUAUGUGCAGUUUUUGUGGUAUGCCAGGUUAUUCUGUGGAUAUCUGCGAUAGGAAACAUGGGUUUCCACCUGGAUACAAGUCAAGAUACAGACCACAGUCCUUUGUUAAUCAAGUAGGAGAGGUUCAACCUCAGCCUAUCAAUUCUUGA